AAAAGUCAGCAAGAUGGCGGAAUAUGCGGCUGUUCAGAAAGGGUCAUUAAAACUCAAAGGAAUUGGAGAUAUUUCAGCUGGUAAAAAGAAGAAGAAGAAGGACAAGGAGACAAAGCGUUUGGAAAAACAGGUGCUGACCACUUCAACAGAGGAGGAAACGACCAAGAAGGCUUAUGUUGAUAAAAGAACACCAGCUCAAAUCGCCUUUGACAAAAUCCAGGAGAAAAGACAAAUCGAAAGAAUUUUGAACAAAGCUUCCAAGACACACAAGCGCAGAGUUGAGGAGUUCAACAGACAUCUGGACACACUGACGGAGCAUUAUGAUAUUCCUAAAGUCAGCUGGACCAAAUAACACAGAGGUCCUGUGGCCCAUCAGCAGGAUGAUGACGUUCAGUUUUUGCGCAUUUGACACGUUCUCUGACCUACCAUUUUAAAUCAACUGAUAUUUAUUUAGUGUCUGUAGACUUUGUAGAUCUACUGAGCUUUAAAUGUGUGGAUUUACUGUCCUCUGUGUUCACUGAGAAGUCAUUUGGAGGUUUUUUUUCCCUUCUCCUGCAAGAGAUGCAUUAUCUGCACUGAUGUUCAGUAUAAUGGAAGAAACUAUUAGUCCAGAAAUGAAACUUUUUCCUGUAGAAGUACAGAUUGAUUUGACAUGCCUUAUGUCUUUUUUUUUCUUUUUUUUUUUUCUUUUUUUUUUUAAUGAAGUUUUGCACCAAAGCUACCAGUCUAAUGUGGUACUCAAACACCAAUUGUACAUUAACAGAUUAAUAAAACAUAAGUCAUAGCCCA